CUGUGGGGACAGGGACGAGGCGGGGAGAGCUUGAUGUUGGACUGGGAUGGGGCGAGGGGACGGCGGGGUCCGUGCACGGCGGGCACGGGACGUGGGGGGGACACGCGGGGACCGGUGGGACACGGAGAUGGGGGUGGGUGGCACUUGGGGACAGACAGACUGCGGGGCAGGGACAGCGACACCGUGGGGACAGCUGGGACACGGGGAUGGAUGGAUGGUGGGGACAGUGGUGCGGGAAUGUGAGGGUGGCGGGACACGGGGACAGCUGUGUGCCGGGCUGUGCGACAGCCACGCCUGGGGACAGGGGGACGGUGACACCCCGGGGAUGGCACACUCGGGAUGUGGGGAUGGCUGGGACACGGGGACAGCUGGGACACGGGCUGUGAGGCCAGCCACGGGCAGGGAGCUCGAGGUGGCAGGGAUGUGGUGGCAGCCAUCCUUGGUGUCGUGGGGAGCCAGGACACGGGGACAACCAUGUCCUGGGAAAGCGGAGACUUGGGAUGAGGGGACAGCCCCACCUGGGGACACGGGGACAGCCACGAUCCAAAACGCUGUUCGUGGGGACACCAGUGACACGGGGACAGCAGUGACACGGGGACAGCAGUGACACGGGGACAUCGCCGCUCCUCGCUCUCUGUGUCCCCAGAGCUCGCGGUGACCGUCACCCCGUCCCCGCUGCCACCCCCGGACCAUGAACGUGCUGGCUCCGGUCCGCAGGGACAGGGUCAUCGCCGACCUGCCCGCGUGUUUUCGGAAGGAGGCCGCCCUGCACACCCGCCCCGCCUUCCACCCCGGCGUGGCCAGCGCCUGCCGGGAGCAGCGGACGGGCACCGUGGGGUUCAAGAUCUCCAAGAUUAUCGUGGUGGGCGACCUGUCGGUGGGGAAGACGUGCCUGAUCAACCGGUUCUGCAAGGACACUUUUGAUAAGAACUACAAGGCGACCAUCGGGGUGGAUUUCGAGAUGGAGCGGUUCGAGGUGCUGGGGGUGCCCUUCAGCCUGCAGCUGUGGGACACGGCCGGCCAGGAGCGUUUCAAGUGCAUCGCCUCCACCUACUACCGGGGAGCACAGGCCAUCGUGAUUGUCUUCGAUGUCAACGACGUGGGGUCCCUGGAGCACACACGGCAGUGGCUGGCUGACGCCCUGAAGGAGAACGACCCAUCCAACGUGAUCCUCUUCCUGGUGGGCUCCAAGAAGGAUCUGAGCACCCCAGCACAGUACAGCCUGAUGGAGAAGGACGCUCUCAAGGUGGCCCAGGAGAUGCAGGCAGAGUACUGGGCUGUCUCCUCGCUCACUGGGGAGAACGUGCGGGAUUUCUUCUUCCGAGUGGCGGCACUGACCUUCGAGAGCAGCGUGCUGGGCGAGCUGGAGCGCGGCAGCAGCGCCCGCAGGAUCGGCGACACCGGAUCAGCAGCAAGGAGAGCGACCUGUACCUGUCAGCGCCCCGCAAGAAACCCAAGUGCUGCCAGUGAGGGGCAGCCCCAGCCCCCCCCCGUGCUCUGGACCAAAGAGGGGCGACCCCGGCCGGCCCCGAGGAGACGUCCCUGCCACCCCCAGCCCCCCCGGCCCCUGGCCUGCCUGGGCACCCCUGGCUGGGGCGAGCAGGAGCACUCGUGUGGCUCCUGCAGCUAUGCAAACCCAGGUACUGCUCGCAGGGGGAGAUGUCCUCAGGCUCCCUUUUGUCUUAAUAAAAUAUUUUUUAUGCUUUGUAAGAAAGACGUGGGGCUGGGGGUAGGGGGCUGGGGCUGGCUGUGGGUCUCCCUGUCACUGGGUGCAGCCCCCAGGCUCACAGGCAAGCAGGAGAAUGGGUGGCUGCCACUGAGGACGAGUUCCUUUUCCACCGAGGAUCAUCCCUGUCCUGCAGAGCCAGCAGCCCUGUGUCACUCGGGGGGCUGCAGGGGACACACGAGGUGA